AUGCUGGCCGCCAUAGCAAGUGUAACGUAUCCUCCACGUACUACAGGUCCCAAGAGCCCCCUCAUUGUAAACCAGACUGCUGCCUACUUUCUCCUCUUGAAACCGCCCGUCGAAGAAAACGGGCCGCUGAAUAGCAUCUUGAAAGAGGCUGGAUCUCGUACCCGGUCCGCUGGUAUGCACGGAUACUCGCAUAUCCCGACUAUUUGUCGGAGAGACUGUAAUUGA